AUUAUAUAUUUUCUAAAACUCUGACAGUCAUUCCAUCGACAUGUUAUCUCUCAUUUAUACGAAUUCAGCUCGAGCAAAAGUUGAUGCGAAUGUUUUUUUAUAUUUAACCAGAGCGUCCCUUACUUUCAUCCAUGACUGCCAUGUUGCAGUUCGACUGGUUAUGUUGGAUUUGAAUCUGCUCACUGCGUCACAUUAUUGUUCCCACUGCGUCAUUGUCGGUAUAUUGUGAAGUGUGUAUUUCCCAAAGCAUUGUGGGUUCAGUCAAAAACAGGGUGUGUUGUUUUAAUAACACUGUAUUAACAACGAGACAUGUACAGACUGGCUGGUACAGUGACAAACUCUGUGGGUUGAUGGGAACAUUUAACCACCAGUUACAGGAAGUAGAUUUUAAAUUGUAUUUUUUUUAAAUAAAUGGAGGUGGAAGGUGAAUAUGCUGUAUUGGUAUAUCCCAUCUAUCACCUCAAAGUACUAUAACACGGUUAUUUAGAGGGACUAUGGCAUGAUGGGAGAUUUUACUUAAUGGAGUGCCCGAAAAGUUGAUAUCCCAGUCUCUUAAUGUUGCCGUUACUACAUUUUAACCUCACCACUGCAACAUUGUAGCACCAUAAGUGCUCAUUUCCUAACAAACCAUACCCAAGAUAGCCUCCCAUUCAUUCCUCCCUCUGCUCUGUGUCCCUCUUCAAACAUGCUGAGUAAACCACAGCGUCCAAACAGACCAGAUGUCGUCCUCACCCUCCUCCACAUCUUCAGUCCCUCUAAACACGGGGGCUCAAAUGCCUCUCCUGGGUCUGGGGACCUACAAGCUGAGGGGUCCUGAGGACGUCCACCGGGCUGUGGAUGCCGCCUUGGCAGCAGGUUACCGUGCCUUUGACAGUGCAGCUGUUUACAAGAAUGAAGCUGACUUGGGUCGAGCCCUGAGGGAGCUCCUGCCCAAAUAUGGCUUGACUAGACAGGACGUGUUCAUAACCAGCAAGCUGGGCCCAAAGGAUCAGGGUGACAAAGCCAUGGAAGGAGCUCUGCACAGCCUGUCGCAGCUGGACCUGGGUUACAUUGACCUCUACCUCAUCCACUGGCCUGGUACUCAGGGUCAGCUGGUGACCGAUCAACGCAACCCAGGUAACCGAGCUCAGAGUUGGGCCGCGCUGGAGGAGCUGCAUGACAAGGGCCAGCUGAAGGCCAUCGGAGUGUCCAACUACACACCAGCGCACAUGAGUGAGCUGAUGCAGACCUGCAGAGUCCCCCCUGCAGUGCUACAGGUAGAGUUUCACCCACGACUGUGCCAGAAAGAGCUGAGGAGUGUGUGUGACAAGUACGCAGUGUGUUUCCAAGCCUACUCCUCUUUAGGGAAAGGGGAGCUUGUCACUGAUCCCAGUGUUACAGAGGUGGCAAAGAACUGUGCACGCACACCUGCCCAGGUCCUGCUGCGCUGGGCUGUGCAGCAGCGUGUCCCCGUCCUCCCCAAGUCCUCAAAUCCAGAAAGGAUAACAGAGAACGCUGAACUUUUUGACUUCACGCUGAGCGACGCAGACAUGGACCGACUGUCGGCUUUAGACUGCGGACACAAGUACUGCUGGGAUCCUUCAGAGGUGGCUUGAUAGACUACUAGUCUGCCUCCAUUGGGCAUGUUUUGUUGGUUUGUAAGCAAGACAACACAAAAAACAAGAUGGAUUAUCACAAAACUUGGUGGAAGGAUGUGGUUCGGGGUCAGGAAAGAAACAGUUAAAUGUUGGUGCAGAUCUGGAUCACAGGGCCGAUCUAGGACUUUUUUCACUUUCUUUAACAUGGUGGAAUAACUCAUGGAUCUUGAUGAAUGAAAUCAGACACAUUUUCUGGUUUAUACAUUGGGCUGCACUGAAGAUUCAAGCUGACUGUACAUGUAAUUACUGAAAUGACUCAAGAGUUCAGUUAUCAUGUUUAUAUUGUCCAGUUAGUUGAUUUGUGUGUUGUGUCCCCAAAACCGAGAGCCCGCUUAGAAAAUACCUAUUGGUUUCUGGUCUAAUCGUCAAAUGUUUAAUAACUAUAAAAUAAUAUAGCUUUACAUCAUUUAGUUCCGUUGCCUCUUAUAAUGGAGUAUUAGGGCCUUAUGAAAUAAAUGUCAUAAUAUUACAACAAUAAAGAGAAAAUAAACUUUUCAGGAAAAAAGCAGCAAGGAGAACCCAU